AUGGAUUAUUCGUACCUAAAUUCUUACGAUUCCUGUAUGGCAGCAAUGGAAGCCUCUGCCUACGCCGAUUUCAGUUCCUGCAGUCAGGCUAACAGUUUGCAUUACAGUCCCAUUCGCUCCAGCUUCGGGAGCGGCCCGGUCUGUCCGACCCUGACACCGGCUACCUGCAACAUGGGACCUCUGCGGGAACACCAGAGCUCUCCAUACACCACAGUGCCCUACAAGUUCUUCACAGACCACGGUGGGAUCAAUGAGAAACGGAAACAGCGGAGAAUCCGCACCACGUUCACCAGUUCUCAGUUGAAGGAGUUGGAGCGAGUGUUUGCUGAGACUCACUACCCAGACAUCUACACCAGGGAGGAGCUGGCAUUGAAGAUUGACCUGACAGAAGCCAGAGUCCAGGUCUCCACCCCAUCUCAUUGCCAGGUCUGGUUCCAGAAUCGCCGAGCAAAGUUCCGCAAACAGGAGAGAGCUGCCAACUCGAAAGGGAACGGGAGCAAUCCUUCCGGGAAGAAGUCUGACCUUGUAUCUGAGGAGGACGACUUGAAGGAGGGAAAAUGCGCUGACCCAGAUAGCACGGCCAACCCUGGCUGCCCCCCCUCCUCCUCCAGCUCCUCCUCCACCACCUCCUCAGGCCCUAUCUCCAGCAGCAGCCCCCAUGCAGUCAGCCUGCCCAGUCCUAAUGGCUCCCAGUCUCUUAAGACAGCAGCUGCCUGGCCCAACAAUGAGCUGCUGAAGGGCCAGGCCUGGCAGCCUACUGACAGUAUGAGCGGGCCUUUUGCUGGGGUGCUCUCCACCCUGCACAGAAAAUCCAACAUGCUCAAACCCAACCUGUUCUAG